AGAGGAACUUGGAGCCAGCUUGGGGUCUGGGUCUGCACUGAAACAGUGUGGGUGGAAGUGGUCACAGCCCUCAAGCUGCAGGCUCUGCUGAGAUGGGGCCCAGCUGGCUUCUCUGGACAGUGGCGGUGGCAGUGCUGCUCCUGACCCGGGCUGCGUCAAUGGAAGCCUCUAGCUUCUGUGGCCACCUUGAGUACUGGAACUCUGACAAGAGGUGCUGCAGCCGCUGCCUGCAACGCUUUGGGCCUCCUGCAUGUCCUGAUCACGAGUUCACGGAAAACUGCGGGCUCAAUGACUUCGGCGAUACUGUAGCACAUCCUUUCAAAAAGUGUUCCCCUGGGUAUUGCAACCCCAAUGGCACAGAGCUGUGUAGCCAGUGUAGCAGCGGAGCCGCCGCAGCCCCAGCUCACGUGGAGAGCCCUGGUAGAACCCACAAGCAGUGUAGAAAGAAGCCCGUCCCUCCCAAGGAUGUCUGUCCUCUUAAACCUGAAGACGCAGGUGCCUCUAGCUCACCUGGGAGGUGGAGCCUUGGGCAGACAACCAAGAAUGAGGUCUCCAGCCGACCAGGUUUUGUCUCAGCCUCAGUGCUGCCUCUGGCAGUGUUGCCACUGUUGCUGGUGCUGCUUCUGAUAUUGGCAGUGGUCUUGCUCUCUUUGUUCAAGAGAAAAGUCCGUUCCCGUCCUGGUUCCAGCUCAGCUUUUGGAGAUCCCAGCACCUCUCUACAUUACUGGCCCUGCCCAGGUACCCUGGAGGUAUUGGAAAGUAGAAACAGAGGGAAAGCUAAUCUGCUGCAGCUCUCAAGCUGGGAGCUUCAGGGUCUGGCCUCUCAGCCCCUCUCCCUCCUGCUGGAUGAGCUGGAAGUUCUGGAGGAGCUGAUUAUGCUAUUGGACCCUGAGCCUGGGCCGAGCGGGAGCACGGCUUAUGGUACCACACGACACCUGGCUGCAAGAUACGGGCUGCCUGCCACCUGGUCUACCUUCGCCUACUCACUUCGGCCCAGUCGCUCACCCCUGCGGGCCCUGAUUGAGAUGGUUGUGGCAAGGGAGCCUUCUGCUACUCUGGGUCAAUUCGGCACAUAUUUGGCUCAGCUAGGUCGCACAGAUGCUCUGCAGGUGCUAUCUAAACUUGGCUGAGUCAGAGUUUGCUGGGGCUUACUACUCCAUCAAUAAAGUUUCCCUUGAAGCCAGUA